AUGGCAGCAAAAGCAGCAGCAACGAGGGCAGCAGCAAACACAGACGCUGCGUUGCAGCUGCGUCAACAGCAGCAGCAGCAGCAGCAACAGACCAAAAACAGCAGAGACAAGCACAGCCGUCUCCGCCUCAGCAGUAGCAGCAGCAGCAUUAACAGCAGCAGCAACAGUAGCAACAGAAGUACUAGCAGCAGCAGCACCAGAAUUACGAACAGCAGCAAUAGCAGCAGCAACAGUAGCACCAAUAGCAACGGGAGCAACGGCAGCAGCAGCAUCAACAGGAGCAGCAUCAACAGUAGCAGCAGCAGCAGCGGCAGCAUCGGUAGCAGCAGCAGCAGCAGCAGCAGCAGCAGGGCUUACUCUUGA